GCUAUAAAAUGGAUUAAGAUUGCUUGGAGUGAAGUAUUAGCUAAAACAAUCAAAAGAUAUUGGUUCCAUACAAAAAUCGUAUUCCCUCAUAAUGAAAAUGAAAUACCUGUUGUUCUCUUAUUAUUGUUGAAACAAAUAGAUAUAUUGAAUCUCUGUAAUCUAUUGCCAAUUGAGGAUUUGCUAAACCUUGAUGAGGAACAAGAA